AAAAACCACAGAGGUGAUGUGUGCGGAAGAGAAAGCCAUAAAUACAUAACUCGACCGGCCAGAUACGGAGUAACUUAACGCUGACAAGAUAAGUAGCAGACCCCUAAGAUAGAGUCGGGGUAAUAAAAAUCCAUCACCUACACGGCUAAAAAAAUGGACGCUGAGACUAUGCUUGAUUUCGCCAACUUCAGCACCCUGUUCGUGUGCAUGGUGCUCAAAUUUCCACAGAUAUUCGUACUGAUGCAGGCGAAAUCGACCACGGGCGUGAGCCUAAAAAGUCUUCUGUUAGAGCUCAUUGGGUUCAUCGUGUUCAUCACCUACCAGAUGUACUACAACUACCCACCACCCACCUACCUGGAGUACCCUAUCCUGAUCGCCCAAGAUGUCGUUCUGUUGCUGAUGAUCCUCCACUAUGACGGGAACCUGAGACAGAGCCUGCUGUACAUAGCAGUGUUUGUCGGGGGCUGGCAGCUCCUCACGGUGCAGAAGUGGGUCAUCGACCUGGCCAUGAGCCUGUGUACCCUGAUCAGUGCUGGCAGUAAGUUUGCCCAGCUGCAGUGUCUGUGGCAGGCCAAGGAUUCAGGCCAGGUCAGCGCCCUGUCCUGGGGCAUGGCAACCUACACCUGCCUGGCCCGGAUCUUCACCACGGUCAUGACGACAGGAGACACGCAAGUUCUGGUGAGGUUCAUCGUCAUGGCGAUACUAAACGGCUGGGUGACGGGCGUGGUGCUGUACUACAGGCGGAAAGGGAUCAAGCGGGAUUGAGCGUCGGGCCCAUCGUCACGGAGACGUCUGCGCGUCCAGGGUCCUGCCUCACUCCUCGGGUGAACCCUCAGAACAGCCAAUCAUCCGGCAGCACCGCGACACGACGGCCAAUCAUCCGGCAGCACCGUGACAGGACGGCCAAUCAUCCGGCAGCACCGUGACAAAACCGACGCGCACAAACUGCAGCGCGCCUUGCUUACGGGACUGAACCGCAUCAGCGGAGGCAGACGAACGAACAACCGUGACCGUCGAGUCCAGCACAAAAGCCAAUGACUGAUACGUAGAGGUACAAACGCAGUGGUACAAAGCCCAAACAGUCAUCCUCUUGCCUGUACUUACCUCCGCUUCCCUGACUUAAGUGUUCUACACCCGCCCAGGUUUAUUCUGCUCAGAAUUCCUCUCCACACAUUCCAUCUCAUUCCAGAACUCACACAAUUCCACGGUUUAAUUCCGGUCUCAGAAUUCCACUCCACCAUUUAAUUCCAGUCUCAGAACUGUUUUUUUUUUAUUUUUUAUAAAAUCAUAAUUCUACUCCAUUUCAUUCCUCACGAUGGAUUUCAUUUUGGUUUCUAAAACACACUUCCUUCCAUUACGCCCCGCCCUCCCUAAAGUAGUGCCCAGAUGUGGAUCCAAUAUAGACAAUGUUGGGUCUGUUUGUGCGAUAUCUGAAUAUAUAAUAUCAAUAAAGAAACCCAGAUCCUUUGGA